UGUUUGGUAUAGAGUGUCUGUCCUGGAUUACAUGGGAAUUAGGCUUUGGAGACUGAUUUCAUAAGCACGACCAAAUACCUGGUCCAAAACAGUAUGACGGAUGAUGAAGGAGGAUUAGUACGCUCCGAUACGCACAAGGCUUUAUUUUAUCAGAGUAUCGAGCCGGGAGAUCUUCGAAGCUUCGUUGCGGGGGCUCGAUUAACUAUCAUCGACGGUUUGUUGAAGCCCAUUGCGGAUGCAGUAGACAAUCUCCGAAUGAGUAAUGUCGGCGACAAGUCUCUCUGUAAAGGUUCCCGUUACGAGAACGAGAAAUCUCAAUGCGAGACAUUCAUGCUUGGAGUUAUCAUUCGCUCGCUCACGAAGAUGGACCUCUGGCCUGUUCCCGAACCCGAAAAAGUUCAAAUUUCUGUGUCACAAUUAAUAGAGAAGCUCAAAGGGUUCAACUCACAGAGCUGUGCACUCAGUCACAACUGCCUUGCCAUCCCCAAUAUGGCAGAUAUAAUCAAGAUUGCCCAAAAUUGGUCUCCGAUCGAACUACCCCAUUUGGAACACAUUCAAGCGCAGGCGAAAAAGGUUGGGCUGUCAAAUUCAUGAGCUAAACAAAUCAGUAUCGGGUUUUAAGUGAGGAUGCUAUCAGGAUUCUGAGAGGAGGCGGUAAGAAGAAAAUGAAUACUGAGAUGGCACCAUGA